CACCAUUCGAAGCCGCCGACAAUAGCAGCGAAAAAAAGAUCGUUGUGAUCUGACGAGCGCUGAAAUCACAACAUUAAAAAGCUGCCAUCAAAUAAUAGCGAGAUGGCACCCUCGCAAAAGAGAAAGAACAUUGACGACGACUUCAUCCUCACCAUCUCCGACAAUGAGGCCAAUAUCCCCGAAGAGGUAGUCGAAGCCGCUCCGCCAAAGAAGAAGGCCAAGACGACCACCAACAAGGAUAGAAAGACGAAGAACAAGAACAAAAAAAACAAAGGCGACGAUGCAGAUGAGAGGAGAGAAGAUGAGGAGGAGGACGACAAUAACGGCCUGGGAAUCUGGGGCCAGGCCGACGAGGACGACGGCGCAAUGGACUCCGACUUUGAAUUCGUCGUGGCAGAUAACGCCAAAGCCAUUGACGGAGCGGCCGAAUUCGAAGGCUGGGGGUUUGACGGUGCCAAGAGCGGCGUGACGGGCGCCGAGAAGAGGAUAGUCGAUAUCGACGACAUCAUCCGCCGACGGCGAGAAAAGAAGGAGGCCAAGGCAGCAAAAGCCAAUGGCGGUCCCAAUGGUAUCUCCAACGGUAAUAGUGCUGCUGAUGCUGCAGCAGUCGCUGCCGCCCUUGAUGCGGCAGAUGCCGAGGCAGCCGCAGCCGAGGCCGGAGUUGACCUGGACGACGAUGACGACGAGGUGCUCGCCGAAGACGGGUUCGGUAUGGGCGUAGGCUCGGGCGUCGACGAGUCCGGGGACGAGAACAUGCCAGAUGCAGGGGAUGAGGAGGACGGCGAAGAUGAAGAGCGUGACGAUGAUGACGAGGGCGACGCGGCGUCGGAUGGCGACUCCGUGGCAACGCCUCUGCACCACCCCGAUGACGAAGCGUCAAACUCGGACGACGACGACGACGAGCGUGAGGAUGCCGUAGAAGAGGCAAAGCGGAAGGAAUUCUUUGCGCCAGAGGAGGAACAGAAGCCCGGCGACAAGAAGGGCGGUCCUUCUUCUUUCCAGGGGAUGUCCCUUUCUCGCCCAAUUCUCAGAGGCCUGGCAUCCGUCGGGUUCACAAAGCCCACCCCUAUCCAGGCCAAGGCGAUACCUAUCGCGCUGAUGGGCAAGGAUGUUGUCGGUGGUGCGGUGACGGGAUCCGGAAAGACGGCCGCCUUCAUCGUGCCAAUUUUGGAGCGUCUUCUCUACCGGCCCAAGAAGGUUCCGACGUCCAGGGUAGUCAUCUUGAUGCCCACACGCGAGCUGGCAAUACAGUGUCACUCAGUGGCCGUCAAGCUAGCGAGCUACACGGACAUUAAGUUCUGUCUGGCUGUCGGCGGUCUCAGUCUUAAGGUGCAGGAGGCGGAGUUGCGCUUGCGGCCCGACGUGGUUAUUGCCACGCCCGGUCGCUUUAUCGACCACAUGAGAAACUCGCCUAGCUUCGCCAUCGAGACAAUCGAGAUCCUGGUGCUGGACGAAGCUGACAGGAUGCUCGAAGACGGGUUUGCCGACGAGCUGAACGAGAUUAUGAACAGUCUUAACAAGUCCCGGCAGACCAUGCUCUUCUCGGCGACAAUGACAUCGUCUGUCGACCGUCUGAUUCGCGCAGGUCUCAACAAGCCUGUUCGUAUCAUGGUAGAUUCGCAGAAGAAGACCGUCGGAACGCUGGUGCAAGAGUUUGUGCGGCUACGACCAGGCCGCGAGGAGAAGCGUUUGGGGUACUUGGUGCAUAUCUGCAAGACCCUAUACACAGACCGAGUCAUCAUCUUCUUCAGACAGAAGAAAAUUGCUCACUGGACUCGCAUCGUUUUUGGUCUACUAGGACUGAAGUGUGCAGAGCUCCACGGAAGCAUGAAUCAGGCGCAGCGCAUCGCCAGUGUAGAGGCAUUCCGCGACGGCAAGGUUUCCUUCCUUCUAGCCACAGAUCUUGCGUCUCGUGGCUUGGAUAUCAAGGGUGUGGAUACUGUCAUCAACUACGAAGCUCCACAGACCCUCGACGUCUACGUCCAUCGUGUUGGCCGUACUGCGCGAGCUGGCCGCACUGGUGUUGCAGUUACGUUGGCGGCUGAGCCCGACCGCAAAGUGGUCAAGGCUGCCGUCAGAGCCGGAAAAGCGCAAGGCGCCAAGAUCACGAGCCGCAUAAUCGAGGCAGGGGAUGCAGACAAGUGGCAGGAUCAAAUCGACGACAUGGAGGACGAGAUUGACGAGAUUAUGAGGGAGGAGAAGGAGGAGAAGCAGCUUGCACAGGUGGAGAUGCAGGUCAAGAAGGGCGAAAACAUGAUCAAGUACGAGGAGGAGAUUGGUGCGCGACCCAAGCGCACGUGGUUCGAGUCGGAACAGGACAAGCGAGCAGCUAAGGAAGCCGGGCGGGCCGAGCUCAACGGCGUGCGCGACAAGAUGAAGGCCAAGGGGGCCGGCCAUCUCAGCAACAAAGACAAGAAGAAGCUCGACUCCAAGGCGGAGAGAAAAUCUGGAGAAGACAAAGUCUGGAAGAAGGGACGCGCCGAGAGAGACGGCAAGGGAGCCGUGCUGAACUUCAAGAAGGACAAGAAGCCAAAGUCGGCAGAAGGCCCAAAGGCAGGCGGUGCGAAGAAGUCAUUCAAGGUGAAGAAGAGGAAGUGAAUUUUAAUGGUGGCAUAGACCUCCUCCAGAAGGGGCAGUGCUAAUCUCCUGGACAAAAUACCACGUGCAGUUAUUUACAAAUAUUAUAUUACCGACUUUGGUAAGGAGAAGGGCGUUGAUAACCAACCUAUAAACAGCC